CCGCGCCAUCUAGGACGUACGAACAGAUAUAGUGACAGAGAUAGCCCUCUUACUGCACUCUGGUCCGCUUGACUAUUCUUUCCCAGGGAGUCCGCCGUUGUUGGCGCACGUAUAUUUCUGACCAGGCUAACGAAAAUCGGACAACAUCCAAAAUGGUGAACUUCACAGUAGACGAGAUCCGUGGGAUGAUGGACAAAAAGAAAAACAUCCGAAACAUGUCCGUCAUCGCCCACGUCGAUCACGGAAAGUCAACAUUGACUGACUCCCUUGUUUCUAAGGCCGGUAUUAUUGCCGGUGCUAAAGCUGGUGAGACCCGAUUCACAGACACUCGCAAAGAUGAACAGGAACGUUGCAUUACCAUCAAAUCAACUGCCAUAUCCAUGUACUUUGAACUUGACGAGAAGGACUGCGUUUUCAUCACGAAUCCAGACCAACGUGACAAAGAAGAGAAAGGAUUCUUGAUUAAUUUGAUUGACUCUCCUGGGCACGUAGAUUUCUCAAGUGAAGUAACGGCUGCUCUGCGUGUUACUGACGGAGCUCUUGUCGUCGUCGAUUGUGUUUCUGGAGUGUGCGUACAGACCGAAACAGUACUUCGUCAAGCUAUUGCCGAACGUAUCAAGCCUGUAUUGUUCAUGAACAAAAUGGACCGUGCUUUGCUUGAGCUGCAGUUGGAAAGUGAAGAUUUGUACCAGACUUUCCAGCGUAUUGUUGAAAAUGUGAAUGUCAUCAUUGCCACCUACUCAGACGACGAUGGUCCCAUGGGAGAAGUUCGUGUUGACCCUAGCAAGGGAUCUGUGGGCUUCGGGUCUGGACUCCAUGGAUGGGCAUUUACAUUGAAACAGUUUUCCGAAAUGUAUGCUGAGAAAUUCAAGAUUGAUGUUGUGAAACUGAUGAAUCGACUCUGGGGUGAAUCCUUUUUCAACCCAAAGACCAAGAAGUGGAGCAAGCAAAAGGAAGCUGACAACAAGCGGUCCUUCUGCAUGUAUGUCCUUGAUCCGAUCUACAAGGUAUUCGACUGCAUCAUGAACUACAAGAAAGACGAAGCUGAGAGUCUAUUGCAAAAGUUGGGCAUCACUUUGAAGCCUGAAGACAAGGACAAGGAUGGCAAGGCCCUCCUUAAGGUCGUUAUGAGAACUUGGCUGCCUGCCGGAGAAGCACUGCUUCAGAUGAUAGCUAUCCACUUGCCAUCUCCCGUUGUAGCUCAGAAAUAUCGUAUGGAGAUGUUGUACGAAGGUCCUCAUGAUGACGAAGCUGCUCUUGGCAUCAAGAACUGUGACCCUAAUGCUCCCCUCAUGAUGUAUGUUUCGAAAAUGGUACCAACCUCUGACAAAGGACGUUUCUACGCUUUCGGACGAGUUUUCUCAGGAAAAGUAUGCACCGGAAUGAAGGCUCGCAUCAUGGGACCCAACUUCACUCCAGGAAAGAAGGAAGAUUUGUACGAAAAGGCCAUCCAACGUACUAUUUUGAUGAUGGGACGUUACGUAGAGGCCAUUGAAGAUGUGCCAUCUGGUAACAUUUGUGGACUCGUCGGUGUUGAUCAAUUCUUGGUCAAGACUGGAACCAUCACCACCUUCAAAGACGCGCACAACAUGAAGGUCAUGAAAUUCUCAGUAUCGCCCGUCGUUCGCGUUGCUGUUGAGCCCAAGAAUCCUGCCGAUUUGCCCAAACUCGUCGAAGGAUUGAAGCGUUUGGCCAAAUCCGAUCCCAUGGUCCAGUGUAUCAUUGAGGAAUCUGGAGAGCACAUCAUUGCUGGUGCUGGUGAACUCCAUCUUGAAAUUUGUCUAAAGGAUCUUGAAGAUGACCAUGCUUGCAUUCCCAUCAAGAAAUCCGAUCCUGUUGUAUCCUACCGUGAAACAGUGUCAGAGGAAUCAGACCAGAUGUGUUUGUCCAAAUCGCCCAACAAACACAAUCGUCUUUUCAUGAAAGCUCAACCUAUGCCAGAUGGCCUUGCCGAAGAUAUUGACAACGGAGAUGUCAAUCCAAGAGACGAUUUUAAAGUUCGUGCGCGUUACUUGUGCGACAAGUACGAUUAUGACAUCACCGAGGCAAGAAAAAUCUGGUGCUUUGGUCCUGAUGGAACUGGACCAAAUAUUCUACUUGACUGUACAAAGGGAGUACAAUAUCUUAACGAAAUCAAGGAUUCCGUAGUCGCUGGUUUCCAGUGGGCCGCCAAAGAGGGUGUUCUGUCCGAAGAGAACUUGAGAGGCGUUCGUUUCAACAUUUACGAUGUCACACUACACGCUGAUGCUAUUCAUAGAGGUGGUGGACAGAUCAUUCCCACCACGAGACGGUGUCUGUACGCCUGUCUGCUCACCGCUGCCCCACGACUCAUGGAGCCCGUAUAUCUUUGCGAAAUCCAGUGCCCUGAAGUUGCCGUUGGUGGAAUUUACGGAGUACUCAAUCGUAGACGUGGACACGUUUUCGAAGAAUUACAAGUCGCAGGAACACCCAUGUUCGUAGUCAAGGCUUACUUACCUGUCAACGAAUCGUUCGGGUUCACCGCUGACCUUCGGUCUAACACCGGAGGGCAGGCGUUCCCACAGUGCGUGUUUGAUCACUGGCAAAUUCUUCCUGGUGACCCAACUGAAUCUGGUACUCGCCCAUUCCAGGUUGUACAGGAUACCCGAAAGAGGAAGGGGUUGAAGGAAGGCCUUCCCGACCUGACUUCGUAUCUUGACAAAUUGUAACAAGUUCAACGAAGCUUGUGCCGUGUAUUUAAAUAUCUAUUUAAAUAUUGUAAUUCAAUAUGAUAUCAUUUUGGAACCUGCUGCUACUACUCGAAUCAUAAAAUCGGUCCUCUAUCAAUCUUGUUUUGCGCAAAACUUAUCUUACGCAUGAGCAUAGAGCAACCGCAGGUAUAUAUGGCAAAGGUGAUAAAAACAAAAUAUUAUAAAAAGUAAUGAGAAAAUAAAAACAAAAAAUAAAGGGAAAACGGAAGUAAGAAUAAAGAAAUUGUAAUUAUGUCGGAAAAAACCAUGUUAAUAUGGAAAAUGGACGAUUAUUUUAUACAUUUAUUUAAAGACAUGUACGCCAUACCAAUUCCCCGUGGUACCUAUUACUGAAAUGUGUGAAAGCUGUUUUUUUAAUAAUAUAUUACCUAUGGAACCCUUUGAAAUAUUAA